AUGUAUUGGAAGAGCGAUCAGAUGUUUGUGUGUAAACUGGAAGACAAGGAUAUUCCUGCGCUUGGUAUUUCCACUGAGAAGUUCCCGGGGCUCAUGGGCGAGGAGUGCGGGAGAGCGGCGGCCCUGGCUGGGGGAAGGCGGCGGAAAGGCGCCGGGGAAGGGGAGCUGGUGAGCCCCGAGACAGCAGGGGACGAGGACUCCUGCUCUUCCUCUGCCCCGCUGUCCCCCUCCUCCUCGCCCCGGUCCAUGGCCUCGGCCUCCGGCUGCGCCCCCAGCAAGUGCCUGUGCAGCAGCUGCGGCCUGGAGAUCGUGGACAAGUACCUGCUCAAGGUAAAUGAUCUCUGCUGGCAUGUACGCUGUCUCUCGUGCAGUGUUUGCAGAACCUCUCUAGGAAGGCAUACCAGCUGCUACAUCAAAGAUAAAGAUAUUUUCUGCAAACUUGAUUAUUUCAGGCGGUAUGGAACCCGUUGUUCUCGUUGUGGUAGGCACAUCCAUUCUACUGACUGGGUCCGAAGGGCUAAGGGAAAUGUGUAUCACCUAGCAUGUUUUGCCUGCUUCUCCUGCAAAAGACAGCUUUCCACUGGAGAGGAAUUUGCUUUGGUUGAAGAGAAAGUCCUUUGUAGAGUACAUUAUGAUUGUAUGUUGGACAAUCUAAAAAGAGAAGUUGAAAAUGGGAAUGGGAUUAGUGUGGAAGGAGCAUUACUAACGGAACAAGAUGUUAAUCAUCCGAAACCAGCAAAAAGAGCUCGGACCAGCUUCACAGCAGAUCAACUCCAGGUUAUGCAAGCACAGUUUGCUCAAGACAACAAUCCAGAUGCACAAACGCUCCAAAAACUGGCAGAAAGAACAGGCUUGAGCAGGCGUGUGAUACAGGUGUGGUUUCAAAACUGUAGAGCACGCCAUAAGAAACACGUUAGUCCUAAUCAUUCAUCGACUGCUCCUGUCACAGCAGUUCAGCCCUCUAGGCUGUCUCCACCAAUGUUAGAAGAAAUGGCAUACUCAGCAUAUGUACCCCAAGAUGGGACAAUGUUAACCGCUCUACAUAGUUACAUGGAUGCUCAUUCACCUACAGCACUUGGACUCCAGCCCUUGCUACCCCAUUCAAUGACACAACUGCCAAUAAGUCACACCUAA